CAGUGCUCGGUCAUAUCCGGUCGUAUAUAUGUUGCCACGAGUUAGCGGCGAAUUUGGAGAGUGUCCAUUUUGAGUAGCGAUUCGGCGUCUCUGGUAUUUUCCCUUAAAGGUCACUCAGAUUGUCUUGUCCUGUUGCAGUCUCUUGAAAAGCCCACCGUCACAAUGUCAGACGCUGAGACACUGCUCAUGGAGACAUCGGAGCAGAACGGCAACGAGGGAGAGGAGGACCAGAACGGAGCCGAGCAGGAGCUGAUGGGUGGAGAGGAUGGCCAGGACAAUGGCACAGAUGGAGGCAAGAUUGAUGCCAGCAAAGGAGAGGAGGAUGCUGGCAAAAUGUUCGUGGGCGGCCUCAGCUGGGACACGAGUAAAAAGGACCUGAAGGAUUACUUCAGUAAGUUCGGUGAGGUGUCGGACUGCACCAUCAAGAUGGACUCCAACACUGGCCGAUCCAGAGGCUUUGGCUUCGUUCUUUUCAAAGACUCUGCCAGCGUGGACAAGGUGCUGGAGCAGAAGGAACACAGACUCGACGGACGUCAGAUCGACCCCAAGAGGGCGAUGGCCAUGAAGAAGGAGCCCGUCAAGAAAAUCUUUGUCGGAGGUUUGAACCCUGAGGCGACUGAGGACACUAUCCGGGAAUAUUUCGGGGCCUUCGGAGAGAUCGAAACCAUUGAGCUUCCCAUUGACCCCAAAUCAAAGAAAAGGAGGGGUUUUAUCUUCAUCACAUACAAAGAGGAAGCAAGCGUCAAGAAGUGUCUGGAGAAGAAAUACCACAACAUCCAGGGGGGCAGGUGUGAGCUGAAGAUCGCUCAGCCAAAGGAGGUGUAUCAGCAGCAGCAGUAUGGAGCAGGCCGUGGCGGCGGCUAUGGAGGCCGGGGGGGCAGGGGCCGUGGAGGUCAGAACCAGGGCUGGAACCAGGGCUAUGGAAACUACUGGAACCAGGGAUACGGUAACCAAGGCUAUGGCUACAGUGGAUACAGCGGCUAUGGCAACUAUGACUACUCUUCUGGUUACUAUGGAUAUGGUCCCGGAUAUGAUUACAACCAGGGCAAUGCCAGCUACGGGAAAACCCCAAGACGGGGGGCACACCAGACAGGCUACAAGCCAUACUGAUGAUCACAUGGUAUUGCAAGGACUCCAGUGAUCCUCUGAGACCGACUGCUGAACGGACACACUGGCCCUAACUCCACCUCUUUUAUGACAGAAGACCAUUUGUACAGAAAACAUCCGAAAUGUAACUUUUCCAUGUUUGGUUGGGUUUUUUUUUUUUUUUUUUUUGUUUGUUUGUUUGUUU